CAGUAGUGGUGUUUGCGUCCACACCGCUGCUGGCCGGACAAGUCCUCGUCUAAUCACGUCGAGCGGCGCUGGAAGUCGUCGCAUCGCAUCACUGUCACUCGCGCUUGCGACCCGCUCUCUCGCAUCCGCGUGCGCGCGUUCCUUGUCCGACUCCCCGUCGCUGCGCGAGGUUCGGGGUGUCGGCGGAUUCUGGCUCCGAAUCCCGUGAAUUUAGCCCUGCUGAGUCCAGCAGCGCCCUUCGCGCCCAUGGCGUCUCCUUCGCGCCCCUCCACUCCCUCGACGCGCGGCCCCAACUUCUUCGCGGGCAACCCGCUGCUGCCACGUAAGCAGGAGAAGGCCAGCGUGGCACAACUGCUCACUCCGCCCGACGCUGUCACCGCCACGCCUCCGCUUCCCCCGCUUUCCUCCCGCCCUAGCUCCGCCCUCCCCGGUUCCGCGCCCGCCAAAUCGCCUCUGGGCGUGGCGCAUCUGCUGCACCCGUUAGGCCCGUCAAGAACGUCCUCGUUACCGGCUCACUACUCCCUGCCGCCCGGCGACCUGCCUAUAUCGAGUCUGCAUACUUCCAGCAGCGCGUCGGCCCUCACAGGCACGCCGGAUGCCGCCGAAUCAAAUCCCACACGAAGCGAAUCAUAUCCAAUCCGAACUGUAUCAAAUCCGAUCCGGAUCGAGCCUCAGGUCCUGGCGGUUCUGGACGGGCGGGUCCUCGUGGCGUGGUCGCAGCGUCGGGCUCCAUCCGCUGCUGCUGCUGGCGCCGACGUCACACCUCCUGUAGAGGCUCGGCAAUCUGGACAGGCAGCAGGUUCGGCGGCAGGUUCGGCUGCAGGCUCGGAUGCUCUGCUGUCUGGCUGGUGCCUGGCCUGGCAGCCGCUGUCGUCUUUCGACGCUGGGGCCGGGAAGGGCGGCGAAGGGGCAAAAGGAGGGCCGGAGGGCGGGCGGGAGGGGGGCGGCAGCAGCAGCGGCAGCAGCAGCAGCAGCAGCAGCAGCAGCAGCAGCAGGGUGUGGGAGAAGCUGGUGUAUCUGGGGGAGAGGCAUGGCGCCCCGCAUUUUGCUCUCGAGGUGCAGCUGGACCCCGGCGCUGCUGCUGCCGCUGCUGCCGAUGGUGGUAAAGCCGCUGCCAAGUCUGCUGCUUCUGCCUCUGCUACAGCCGGAGGAACGGGGUCGGCAUUGAAUGGUGGUGGCGAUGCGGCGAGUCAGCGGCUCACAUCCAGCCUGGCUACGCCUGCCACCCCUCCGCCCAGCCCUGACACGCCUGCCGAACCUGCCUCUGAACCUGCUGCCCCUGCCAAGCCUGGCUCAGCUCCCGCCAGUGCUGCUGCCCCUCCUGCUCGUGCCGCGUCCACGCCUGAUGCUGCCGGUGGUGCGCCUGCAAAGGGGGAGGGGGGAGCCAGUGCGCAAGGCAGCAGGGGCAGUGGAGGCAGCAGGAAUGGGGGGAGAGGAGGAGGAGGAGGAGGAGGAGGAGGAGGAGGACGGGAAGAGAGAGGAGGGGGGGUGGUGAUGGUGGCGGGGUACGGGCGGGCGGCGUUUGUGGACCUGCGCGCUCUCAUGCUCGCCACGCACCCCCUGGACGCGCAUGCACGGCACGACCUGGCGAUAGCGGGCCAUGCCCGCGCCCUUCUCGCGUGGCACAAGUCCGCUCGCUUCUGUGGCGCCUGUGGCGCGCGCACGGCGCCUUCAGAGGCGGGCAACCGGCGGCAGUGCCCCAUCGCUGCGUGCCGCACCAAGCUGUACCCGCGCAUCGACCCGGUGGUGAUAAUGCUGGUGGUGCAUGCCCCAUCUGACCGCGUGCUGCUGGGCCGCCAGCACCGCUUCCCAGACGGCAUGUGGAGCUGCUUGGCUGGCUUCAUGGAGCCCGGGGAGAGCUUGGAGGAGGCUGUAGCACGGGAGGUGGGGGAGGAGGUGGGGCUGCCAGUGACGCACACCAGAUACCACUCGUCGCAGCCGUGGCCAGUGGGCUUUGGCAGCAUGCAGUGCCAGCUGAUGGUGGGCUUCUUUGCGUUCGUGGAAGAGACAAGUGUCGCCCUCAGCACGCACGAGCUGCAAGAUGCUCGUUGGUUCACACGCCACCAAGUUGCAGCUGCGCUCUCAUUCGAGAAGUACGAGACUGAGUGUAACGAUGCUCGUCGCAAGAUGUACAUGAAGCUUGUUCCGCAUGCGUCUGAUGACCCACCACUAAUGGUAGAGAACAAGCCAAACGGCCACGUCUAUGUGCCAGGGCCGUACGCCAUUGCACACCAUUUGAUAGCUACUUGGGCACGAGACAAAAGCAUUGUAGAUGGUCAUAGCUGCUUGUGAUGUAAUGACAAACAGAUGUAAAGAGGAGUAUGUUCCAUAUAUCAAAUCACC